AUGUCGGAAGAAACAAUUAUGUCUAUGAAUGAUAAGACAAUUAAAAUUGAACCACCAGAAUAUUCACUAGAAGACAUUAAACUCGAAAUGGAGGAUGAUUUUGAUGAUCCCGACGUCAUUGUUAAAUCUGAAUCGUGUUCUGAAGAUGAUGAUACGUGCUUAGAAAGAUUCAUGAAUUCCGAGGUGAAAAUUGAAGAAGAAGUCAAACAGGAGUUAGUCGAGACAUCAACUUAUGAAUGUGGCAUUUGCAAUAAAUCAUUUGCAGAAUCAGAUCAUUUAAAAAAGCAUAUGAUCGAACACAUACAUAAUUAUAGCAAAGAAAGAUAUUUCAAAUGCGAAAUCUGUUACAAGGCUUUUGAUCGAUUAAGUGAUCUGAAAAGGCACAUGCUUAUUCACAGUGGUGAGCGACCCCAUCGAUGCAAUAUAUGCAAUAAGACGUUCAUACAAAUAGGUAAUCUGAAAAGUCACAUGCUGAUACACAGUGGAGUACGUCCCCAUGAAUGUAAUAUGUGCAAUAAGAAAUUUACACGAUCUGGUAAUCUGAAAAUACACAUGCUGAUUCAUAAACAAGAGCAUUAUGAUAAACGUAGAGCAUGUAAUAAAGAAUUUACUCAAUCGGGAGAUUUGAAGAGACACAUGGCACUUCAUAGUCAGAAGCAUGGUGAAGAUUAA